GGCGUUGGUGGCCCAGGCCCACAGCAACCCGUCGAGGAGAUCGACCGCGAGAAGACAUGCCCACUGCUUAUUCGCGUAUUUCCCCGCCAGGGCGGGCACCACAAGCUUGAGGAGUUUGCAGACCGCAACAGCUUGCCUGAAGAGAUUGCAAUCUAUACCUGGAUGGACGCGGACUUGCGGGAGCUGUCGGACCUCGUUAAAGACGUACAACCCGCUGCGCGUAAUCGCAACGCCCGCAUCUCCUUCGCUUUCGUUUACCCCGAUCGCCGUGGCCGCAACGUCAUGCGCCAGGUGGGUGUCGUACACUCCACUCGGCCCGGGGAGGACGACGCCAAGACGUUACGGCAGCUCAAUUUCCAGACGGGGGACUACCUGGACGUGUCCAUCUAUUGA